AUGGCAAGUGCCGCUUUAAAAAAUUUGGUUAACGGUCCUAUUACCUCACAGAUGAUAGCAUAUAUUACAAAAAAGGCAGCGUUAGUUAUUCCUUGCGAUCCUCUUACAAAACAAAAUAUCUCAAUACAACAAUCACCAAAUUUUGGUGACGACGAUCAACAUCCUUUACCUCCUUUAAACAACUUCAUACGUUGUCUGGUAAAGAAUUCAAACGUAUCAACCGCGACCCUUCUUACAACAAUCGUUUACUUGGAUCGUUUGCAAAAAAAAUUACCAAAACUUGCAAGAGGAAUGCACUGUACUCGUCAUAGAGUCUUUCUUGCUACCUUAAUUGUUACCUCAAAAUACCUUAACGAUUCAUCACCAAGAAACAAGUAUUGGGCAAGAUUUUCAGGCGUUUACUCUGUCGCAAAAGUUAAUCUAAUGGAAAGACAAUUGCUCUCCUUAUUAGAUUAUGACCUUAGAAUUCAAGAGUCAGACCUAUUACUUCAUCUUGGAAUCUUUUUACAACCUCCUUCAUUGAAUAAGAAUCAAGCAAUUAUGAUAGACGCUUUGAAAGUUCCAACCAUUCAACAUCAAAGAGCUCUCUCAUAUCCAAACCUACAUACUUCAUCUCAAUUUUCACAAUUAAUACAUCAAACACCUCCUCCGAGACAGGAUUCUUACCUUAUAAAUCAAGAUUCUCAACAAACUACGCAAGCUUCAAUUACUUCCUCUCUUUCAAUAUAUAAUACAGGUGUUAAUUCCAUGUCAAUACCUACUAUCAUUUCAUCAUCAUCAUCGAGCUCAAAUUACACUCUAUCAUAUCCAUCUUCUUAUAUCGAUGAUUAUUGUCAAGCGUUGAGUGGCGACGACGAUAUGGAUACUGAUGAAGAAGAGAAAGAUGAUCAUGUUCCUAACGAUGAAACUACAUCAGUAAACGAUGAAACAUUUGCUCCACUAAAGAUAAAAAGAGACCAAUAUGGAAGAAGGCUUUCUUCAACCUCAACUUGUUCUUCAGGAUCUUCUUCUUCAAUAGCUACUCCCAUAUCAGCUCAAGUUUAUCAUAACCAACAGCAACUUCAUCAUCAAUAUUAUCAACAGCAGUUUUACCUUCAACAAUCCUAUUUACCUCAACAAAAGUGGAACAUUCAUCCUUCGUUAAAAUCAAAUUCUUCAAUGCAUGACGCUGGCGUCAACAACUUUGUUCCACCCUAUUGCGGUCAUAAUCAUCAUCAGAUGGUGUUACCUCCACCUAUUCCCUCAUCUACUAUAAUACAAGGGAUGAUAUAUACAUCCACACCUCAAAGAUAUUAG